AUGACGCCAAUUUCCACUUACCCUACAGUACCCGUACAGCGCGAACUGACCAAGUACAGGCAUGACGGCCAACAACACCACGAAAAGGCCGGAUUUGCUCGGCGAUCCUCCAAAGUAAGCGGCGUGACCACGUUUCCCACCACAUCGAGUGCUCUUGCGCCCGCCCUCCUUGUCCUUUUCCAAUGUGGAUCCGACACUCUUCCGCUGGCGCAUGAGCACGUUUCCGGAUCCCGUUCGCUUCCCCCCACGUCGUACCUUGGGAAAGGAAUCACAAGGCAACGGAGAAUGCGCCGUGGCAGGUCGCCCGGGCAAUGGGCACCUUUGCCCGGCCGCCAUCGAGCCUCGACGUUGCUGCCGCGCGGGACGGCCUUUGCCAGCUCCUUCUCCCGCCUCUCGCGGACGGCGCCGAUCUCGAGCCCGAGGUGGCACGGCAGCUGCCGUCUUCGGCCCCGGACGCUGCCGAGGAUCAGCAUCUCGCGCGGCGUCCGAGUAGGGAGCCGAUGCUUGGCCUCGGUGUCGGGCGGUGUGACAUGCGGCGACGGACCGCUCGACGAAUACGACAGGCGCGUCGAGGCCGGCGUGCUGCGCAACGACGAGCAUCAACGAGGAAUCAUCGAAAGCCUCCAGCACCUCCACGACGAGCUGCGUGGCUACGACGCGCCCCCGGUCGUCCAUCCGAGCCCCGAGGCGCUGAAGCCGGCGAGGAGGUCGGUCUUCUCCUCGCUCUUCGGCAGGGCCGACGCCGCCACGCCGCCGCCGGGCGAGAUAUCGCCCAACCUGCCCCGCGGCCUCUACCUCUACGGCGACGUCGGAAGCGGCAAGACGAUGCUCAUGGACCUCUUCUACGACACGCUGCCCGGCUCGGUCAGGACCAAGACGCGGAUCCAUUUCCACAACUUCAUGCAGGACGUCCACCGGCGGCUGCACAAGCUGAAGAUGGAGCACGGAAGCGACGUGGACGCGGUGCCCUUUGUCGCGGCCGACAUUGCCGACAAGGGCAACGUGCUCUGCUUCGACGAGUUCCAGUGCACCGACGUGGCCGACGCCAUGAUCCUGCGCCGGCUGCUCGAGUGCCUCAUGGCGCACGGCGUCGUGCUCGUGACGACGUCGAACCGGCCGCCCGACGACCUGUACAAGAACGGCAUCCAGAGGGAAUCCUUCCUCCCGGCCAUCCAUCUCCUCAAGCACCGGCUGCACGUCAUCAACCUCGACUCGCCGACCGACUACCGCAAGAUCCCGAGACCGCCGUCGGGCGUCUACCACACGCCCCUCGACAACCACGCGCGCUCGCACGCCGAAAAGUGGUUUCGAUUCCUCGGCGACUCGGAGAACUUUGCGCCCCACGCCGAGACGCAGCGCGUGUGGGGGCGCGACAUUGUCGUGCCGCGCGUCAGCGGCCGCUGCGCCUGCUUCACCUUUGACGAGCUCAUCGGGAAGCCCAAGUCGGCGGCCGACUACCUCGAGCUCGUCCGCAGCUACGACGCCUUCGUCGUGACCGACGUGCCGGGCAUGACGGUGCGGGAGCGCGACCUCGCCCGGCGCUUCAUCACCUUUGUCGACGCCGUCUACGAGGGCAACGCCAAGCUCGUGCUGACGACGGAGAAGCCGCUGACGGAGCUCUUCGUGUCGCGCGACGAGAUCGCCGAGAGCCUGCUGCAGGCGAGCGGCACGACGUCGGCGUCGGCCGGCGGCGGACACAAGGCCGGCGAGGCGGUGGGGCGGAUGAUGGAGGACGUGGAGCGCAACGCCGAGCAGCUCAAGAGCUCGAACCUGUUCGCCGGCGAGGAGGAAGCCUUUGCCUUUGCCAGAGCCUUGAGCCGGCUGAGCCAGAUGCAGAGCAAGGAAUGGGUCGAACGAGGGAUGGGCCUGGAGAGCAAGGGCGGAAAGGAGGACCGGGAUAGCUGGUCGAAGACGCGAAGCCGACAGAUGGAAGACUCCAUGUGA